AAGAAUUUUUCAAAGACGCUGUUUGCUAGAAGGCUAGUAAAGUUUCGAAGACUUCAAAAAGCUGACAGAGCACAGAAAAUCGACAUCUUUGGCUGCAAGAAAGUAGCUGUAAAGCGAAAAUUUAAGUUCAGAUAAUUAUCUGGUUGUCUGUUGGUUUUAUUGAACUUGCACACAGCAGUUUGUUUGUUUUUGCAAAAGUUGUUCCUUUCGAGCAGCAAAUGGCUCUCUCUCAAGCCCGAUGUCUUAGAAAACGGUUUCCAGCUGUUCUUGGAAGAUACAUUCAAGCAAGGUUUGCAAGUGAAGAGUUGAAAGUGAAGCCAUUUCUUUGCAAAGAAGAUGGAGACUAUUUUGAGCCAAUUAUGCGCACACAGCAUCCAGGCCCCGUUUCACAGGAGACGAUGGCAAAUUUGAUAAAGCUGCAAGGGGAAAGUUUUAGAGGCACCCUGAAGAUAUUUGCUGAUUUUGACAAAAGUCAAGGCAACUUUCUUGCUGAUGCAGAUGGAAAUGUUUAUUUGGACGUGUUUCAACAAAUUGCUUCACUUCCUCUGGGCUAUAACCAUAGUGCUGUGAUAGAGGCUGCUUCUUUACCAUCAUUUACGACAAUGGUUGUCAACAGAUCUGCACUUGGUGUGUCCCCACCAAAGGCUCAUAUGAGCAACAUUGAAGAGUCAAUCUUAAAGGUUGCACCAGCUGGUUUAGACCAUGCACAAACAAUGGCCUGCGGCUCCUGUGCUCUAGAAAAUGCAUUCAAAGCAGCAUUUAUUAGAUACAGGGCCUUACAACGGGGUACCCCUGACCCUUCGCUUCUUGAACUGGAGACUUGCAUGAAGCAUCAGUUACCUGGUACCCCAAAUCUCUGCAUCCUCAGUUUCACUAGUGGUUUUCAUGGACGAACCCUUGGUGCAUUGUCAGCAACUCAUAGCAAAGCUUUGCAUAAAGUUGACAUCCCAGCCUUUGAUUGGCCUGUGACACAAUUUCCAAGAUUGAAAUAUCCUCUUGAGGACCAUGUGGAAGAAAAUGAACAAGAAGAAGCCUUUUGCUUAGAGCAGGUGGAGAAGAUAAUCAAGAAACAAAAUGCCUCUGGCAAAUGUGUAGCUGGUAUUGUUGUUGAACCAGUCCAGUCUGAAGGAGGUGACAACCAUGCAUCACCAUCAUUCUUUCGGCAAUUGCAAGCAAUCUGUAACAAGUAUGAUGCUGCAUUCAUUGUUGAUGAAGUUCAGACUGGUGUAGGAGCAUCUGGAAAAUUUUGGGCUCAUGAACACUGGGAUCUUCCUGAACCACCUUCCAUUGUAACAUUUGCCAAAAAAAUGUUGGUUGGAGGAUAUUACUUCAAGGAUGAUUUCUUGACACAGCAUUCCUUCAGAAUCUUCAACACUUGGCUAGGAGACCCUGCAAGAGUUUACCUCCUUAAGACGGUUUUAGCAACAAUUAAAAAAGACAAUCUCCUUCAAAAUACUCGCGAGGCUGGGGCAGUGCUCCUUGAUAACAUUAAAAAAUUGCAGAACGCAUACCCUGGCUUGUUAUCCAAUGCGAGAGGUAUUGGAACACUUUGUGCUGUUGACCUUCCAAACACUGAGAUAAGGAACAAAAUAGUUUCCAUGCUAUGGAACAAUGGUCUUUCAAUCCACGGAUCUGGCGACACAGCACUUCGCUUCCGUCCUGCACUCAUAUACACGAGUGGUCAUGCCGACCUCACACGUGACAUAAUUGACGACGUAUUGAAUAAGUACAAGUCGGACGGUGCAGUCUCGUCCUUUUAAUGGUUGGUACGGUUAAUAUUAGGGACAGUUCUAAUUUCGUACCGAUUUUCGUACCGUUUAACGAUUUUCUUGUUACUUUUUUCCUUGAUUGUUUCCAGUUUAAUAUCUCGCGGCACGGCCCUUUCGCAGAUCCAUACAGGGUUUGGCUGCCAAUUUGUAUUAUAAAUGCAUUUGACGUAGUUCGAUUUUAAGUUCCCACGUUUGGCACGCACUUGAUUGAUGCUGAUGGUGAACAGAAUAGAAAUGAAACAGUGGUUUUGAAUUUGGUAAUUACAAUAUAGCAAGAUUUAGGAACAAAACACCGUCAUAUUACUUUUCAAUUAAUCUUUAAAUAGAACCCAGGGCGAAGGUUUCGAAGGAUCUCAGUCCACAAAACUGUGUAUUGUCUUCUUCGAUAGAACCAUAAAUUUGUCUCGCAGAAAACCAAUUACGGUCAGCAUGGAUAAAUUGUCCUAUUUUAGUUGACUGGAAGUUUCAUGUUAUUUUUAAGCAAACCUAAAAUGAAAAACGAAGAACCGUACAAAAAGGGUACUUUGAAGUGGCAAGGGUGUAUUUUCACCUCCAUAAGUGGAGGGAAUGUACCUAAGACCCCUUCUGAUUUCUAAGUUUAUAGUUCGCUAUUUUAAGCAAAGAGUAAAGACUUUAGCUCACCUCAUUUUUCUGGUUGUUCGUUAUUAUUGCUCAUACUCCCAGUUGAAGUUCAGAGAUUUGCCCUAACGUUGGGAACCAAAACUUGUAAAUGACAUGUCACUAGGAUUCGUAUCCACACUGAUUUGUAUCAAGGGUAAACUAGAAGUCCAUUUGUAUUAAUAAAGUUUAUUAAAAUAUUACUGAUAUAGAAUAUAACUGAUACAA